AUGAGCGGUCAGAGGAAGAAGUCGCGGUCACGAAGUUCAUUACGGUCGCAAGGAUCAGGGAAAGUACCGUCACCAGGGAGCAGUCCACAUGGCAAUGUUGCCACCCUUGUGUCAGUAGCUGUCGUUAAUGUGGAUAUGGAAGGCGGUGGUGCCGAAAAUAAUUUGGAAAGAUCAAAACAACAAGCAGAAGCCUUGGCUGAAAAUGCUUGCCGAAGCGCUGCAGAAAGCAGUGGUGUUAUUUCAAGUAGCGAUACAUCUGGACCAGUCACACUUGUCGCCAGCAGAGGUGGCUCAUUAGGACCGGCAGACUCUAGGCAUACCCCAAGAGGAACUGCUGUUCAGUUCAAAACGAAGACUGGACCAGUAUCAGUCUUUGCACGCAGGAGUCGCAGGCAAUACGCCCUCAGCCCCAAAACUGGUUCCCCGUACAGAAAAGACAGUACAUUUGAGUUCGGUUCGAUGUCUGGAAAACCCUCAAAGCGAGGUUACAGUAAUACGACAGGAGACAGUGGACAACAAGAUAUUACAACUGCUCGAGGUCAGGAGAGUGUCACUAUAAAUACGCUUAGUCAACAACAACGAAGCGCAUUACGCAAAUUAGAUGAGGUGCUGACGACGCCGACACAGCCUCGCAGUCAGUCAAUCACAGGCUCAUUAUUUGCCUCAGAAACGGUUGACAGUGAAACGCCAUCGGAGCAUUCAAAAAGAACAGAACGUUCUUCAAAGUCAAGAAGGAGUCGUCGCAGUAAACGUUCCAGAAAAGGACGCGCUGGUAGCAGGCGAGGUGGAAAGAAGUCAAGAUCAAGAGGAAGUCAUCGUAAGACUCGGAGAUACCGCGGAUCAUUUCGUAGAAAGUCGCGUAGGAGUAGGAGCGAACCAAGAUCCUCUCGGUCACGGCGUGCUAGACCUGCUAGACAUACUAGGCGUAGAAGAGAAGCUGAAAAGGCAUGCCGUUGCGAUAUCAUUGAGGACAUGGAAAAAGGCACACUUACAGAAGCUGAGCGACGCGACCUUGCGGCACUUCUGGAAUGUCCAGAGCCGUUUUGCGCAAAGUGCAUUGAGUUGAAAAGACGUCUCGAUUUGGACACGGAAAUAAAAGCUCAGGAAGAAGGUGAUGCAGAAGGGCUCGUACGAAUUUCGAGCAAGUCUCCUAAAGCGAAAAAACCCAAGAAGAAGUCCAAGUAUGAGUAUAUGCCACAGCCGACAAUGUCAUCGAUGGGUGUAAAGUUUUGCACUUGUCCCGAAUGUUCGCGCUAUAGGCAGCAGGGUGAAAUUAUUCCAGUGAGGACAGCAGCUGAGAUUACCGAUGAAUUGAAAUCGUCACAAUCAAGACGCAGUGUCAAGCUAAAAGCUCCAAAAAGCAGAUGGCCAGAGAGCACCUUUAAGCCGAAGUCACAAAGAGAUUUGUCGUCAAAAAAGGUGACGAGGAUGAAGGAGAUGACUCCAAUAGGAUCCCUGCACAGCACAUUUCCGAUUACGUUGACCGAAACCAAGCAGUCUGUUCUGCCGUAUAAAACUCCUCCCCGUACAAUACCUAUAAUACAAGCAACUCCGGGAACAGCGGGAACUAAAUACUGGACACCAUCGUCGUCUUUGAAAACCGCUAAGGCCGCCACCCCGAGGGCAAGAAGUCAGUCACCACGUUUUGGUCGUGCGCGAACGCCCAAAUCAGAAAAGGAGCCGCUCUUGCUCACUUCUCCAAAGCGAACUCCAACGAAAGUGCCACAGCCCAUCUCCACAAAGUGGUCUUCGUGGCUGCAGGAGAAAACGGUGCCACCAACUACACUCCCAGCAAGAGCUUCUCACGUAGCCCUGAAAGUCACAGAACGAGUAGAGACGGGAAAAGCAGUUUCUGGCACGGCUCCACCUCCCAAAUCUCUAUCGCAAACUUCGGCAGGCCCCAGUGCUAGAACAACAACACCAAUACCGCUCUCCAGCCCAAGAAAGCAUAUGCCGAGCGUCGUGACAGCGUUAAGCCCGAAAACAAAGACGGGAGGGGUUGCCAUGAUGUCGAGCUCAAUGUCCAAGCCAUCGUCGUUGCCGAGUGCACGAGACUUGCAGCCAGUUCCCACACCUGCAAGUCCAGGAGGAACCGUUGCAGUUACUUUUCCAAGUCAAGGAGAUCGCGCAGGAGCAGCAGUUGUAGCCGUGGCAGCUCAGACAGGGACUAUACCCGUACCAACAGCGACCUACAUUCCUGAAAGGGAUUAUAAUCCUGUGUGCAACUGCACCAACUGCAGAGCCGAAAGAAAGAUUCGUGAAGAGAACGAUGUUUGCGAUUGCUACGAAUGUAUUUACGAAAUGAGAUCCUCUGGAGGCCUAAAAUCUGCAGGCAAAUCUUCUUCAACCUCUUCGAAAAAACAUCCGCCCCGCCGCAUGAAAGCCGAAUAUGAAUGGGUCAAAAUGCUUCUACACGUGCAACAACCUGCCGGCCGUUAUCAUACACCUAAAAGCAAGCCCGUGACAUAUCCAUGGCAAAAGCCCAAACAAGCAACUUCGCAUUCUCACCAGUCGGGUGGAGGAACCUAUCGUGAAAGAUCAACCAGCAGCCAUCUUGGUAUUUCCGCCACACCUGAGUCAAGAACGCAGUCUGUUGGAAGUGCAACCAGCUCUCAAGCAACAAAGCAGCAAUUACAAAGCUCCACGGCCAGCAAACCAAGUGAAACACCUGCAAAGGCAACUUCUACCAGUGGGAGUUCAUUUGUGACUGGAAGCGCUGGACGUACUAGAUCCAGCCUAGAAGGACGUUCAUUCAGUAGCUUACCGCAGUCGGAUGAGUCAGAUAGCUGGACUGCUCCAUCAGAUGAGUGGACUGGAUCCUAUUUAACGCCCAGAUCUCGAUCACGAAGCCAAAGGCAAUCAUUCAAAAGGAGAUAAUGAAUAAAACCUAUCGAAAGAAAUAUAAAACGUUGACUAGAUGGACAAAACUACUACCUAGCCAACUAUAACACUACUGACAAUAAAUUACUUGCUUAUCUACUUAUAGUAUUAACAUGCCGUUAAAUAAUCA